UACUAUCUAUAGUCACUGUAUUCUUGAAGAAACGUAAAAAAAUCAUUCAUAUCUAUAAUACUUGAAUGAACGUCAAAAUAUAGACGUAGAGAAAAUAUCUCGUAAGAUAGUAUUUUGGAAAAAAAUAUAUAAUAGUGCUAUUAAUUAAAUUUUUAAACAACGAACUUAAAUUGAGAUAUAAGUUAUACUUGUUACAGAUUACCGCAAGAAGGUUUAGGUGAAUGUUAUUGUACUUAAAAAGGAAUAAGUUCUUUGCACUAAUUACAUGAAAUAUGAAAAGUUAUGAGGAAAAUCAUUAAUAAAUGAUUUCUUUUUUAUAAUUGUUAUAAUGCUGUAAUAAAUACGUCUAUUUUUAACGAUUUAAUUCUCUUGGACCAAGUGUUACUAUAGUUAUGGCAAGUAAAAUGAAAGACAAUCUAAUAAAUAUAAAUGAAAAAGAAAACGGUAAUCCACGUGCUUUAUUUUAUAAAAGACCUAUUAAAAGAGAUAAUUAUACGCUGGAUAUAGAUAAUGUUGAUACACCUCAGGAAAUAAGACGGCAGCGAUUACUACAGUUUCAAAAAAAGUACAGAGAAGCUGCAUUUAAUAUUGGAAGAGGAAUAUUAGAUGAAGCUUUUAACUCUGAUGAAGAUGAAUGUGAAGAACAUAUGGAAAUUGAUGAAAGUGAUAAAAAAAGGUAUCACUUAUCCAAACGAUGCAAAUAUUAUGCAAAUCAGUUAAUGAUGUCCGAAUGGAUGUUAGAAGUACCUCAAGAUUUUGUGGAAAAAUGGAUUAUGGUUCCAUGUCCUCAAGGAAAAAGAACAUUAGUAGUUGCAUGUAAAGGUAUAACUAAAGCAUAUAAUAAACGAGGUAAUCGACUUGGUAAAUUUUAUUCAGCACUUCCAGGUGGCAAUCCUUCUGAACACAGAAGUAGUUGUACUAUUCUUGACUGUUUAUGGAUAAAGCAACAAAAGGUGUAUCAUGUUCUGGAUGUGCUUGCCUGGUCUAAUCAGUCCUUGAUAAACUGUGAUACUGAGUUCAGAUUUUUCUGGCUAAAAUCACAAUUACAAGAAAUAGAAGAAUUACAGAAAAGAGAUACAUAUAAAAAUACAUAUCCAAUAUUACCUCUACCAAAUAUCAGUUGUAAUACUGAAUUAAGCUUAGCAUUGGAAAAUAUUUCAGACUUAUAUCCUUUAGAUGGUUUACUGUUUUACCAUCGUGACGGACAAUAUACUAAAGGUCGUACCCCUCUUGUAACGUGGUUAAAACCCUUUAUGUUAUCCGAGGUACUUGGUAUUUCGGUACCACCACCACUUGACGAAAAACCUGAUGGUUAUAUAGAUUUUAAAUAUUAUAUACUUAAUAGCAGAGCAAAGAAAAGAAAGGAAACAUCGGAAGUUCAAAUGGAUAUUACACAUGAGAAUUGUUGAAAUUUUAUUUAUAUAAACGAGCUUCGAAAAGAAGCGAUAUACGUAUACAUAUAUAAUAUAUUAAAG